UCAAGGCGCAUGUUCUAAAAAACAAAACGGCCCCAACCUAGUUCUGCUGUAUUGAGAUAUAAAAAUAAACGAUACACCGAAAUAAUAGCAAUAAACAUUCUUCAAAUAAUAAAAAAAUAAAAACAGACACUGGAUGCAUUCCUGGCGUUCACUUCCAUUCCGGCAAUGUAAAGGCUUCCCCGAGGCUGGGGGUCCUUCGUUGUAGCGCGGCGGCAGUCUCUCAUUUUUGUUUUGAUGGGACGAGGAAAAUAGUGAAAGAAAGUGUUUGGAUAUUUCGUUCUGUCUUUGAUAACUAUCCUUCAGAAAAUCGUGUCGGGAGGUGUAGGAUUUCAGGAUGAAUCUGGAACUGCUCGAGUCCUUUGGGCAGAAUUAUCCAGAGGAGGCAGAUGGCACCCUCGACUGUAUCAGCAUGGCCCUCACCUGCACCUUCAACCGCUGGGGGACCCUGCUGGCCGUGGGCUGCAACGACGGGCGAAUCGUCAUCUGGGAUUUCCUGACCAGAGGGAUCGCCAAAAUCAUCAGUGCUCACAUCCACCCAGUCUGCUCUCUCUGCUGGAGUCGAGACGGGCACAAGCUGGUCAGCGCCUCCACAGAUAACAUUGUCUCUCUCUGGGACGUCCUGACUGGGGACUGCGACCAGCGCUUUCGAUUCCCUUCCCCCAUUCUCAAAGUGCAGUUCCACCCCAGAGACCAGAACAAGGUGCUGGUGUGCCCGAUGAAGUCCGCGCCGGUUCUGCUGACCCUGUCCGACUCGAAGCACGUGGUCCUGCCCGUGGAUGAUGAUUCCGACCUGAACGUCGUGGCAGCGUUCGACCGGCGAGGGGAGUACAUCUACACCGGCAACGCCAAGGGCAAGAUACUGGUUUUGAAAACAGACACUCCAGACUUGGUGGCCUCGUUUAGAGUCACUACAGGAACCAGCAACACCACCGCCAUCAAAUCCAUUGAGUUUGCACGCAAGGGCAGCUGCUUCUUGAUCAACACGGCUGACCGGAUAAUCCGCGUGUACGACGGCCGGGAGAUCCUGACCUGCGGGCGGGACGGGGAACCGGAGCCCAUGCAGAAACUCCAGGACCUGGUGAACAGGACGCCGUGGAAGAAGUGCUGUUUCUCGGGGGACGGGGAGUAUAUCGUGGCGGGCUCGGCCAGGCAGCACGCUCUCUAUAUCUGGGAGAAAAGCAUCGGUAACCUGGUCAAGAUCCUGCACGGCACCCGGGGGGAGCUGCUGCUGGACGUGACGUGGCACCCGGUGCGGCCCAUCAUUGCAUCCAUCUCCAGUGGGGUCGUGUCCAUCUGGGCUCAGAACCAAGUGGAAAACUGGAGUGCUUUUGCUCCGGACUUCAAGGAGCUGGAUGAGAACGUGGAGUACGAGGAGCGAGAGUCUGAGUUCGACAUUGAGGAUGAAGACAAGAGCGAGCCCGAGCAGACAGGGGCCGAUGCUGCGGAGGAUGAGGAAGUUGACGUGACCUCGGUUGACCCCAUAAUCGCCUUCUGCAGCAGUGACGAGGAGCUGGAGGAUUUCAAAGCGCUGCUGUACCUGCCCAUCGCCCCGGAGGUGGAGGACCCAGAGGAGAACCCCUUCGGCCCGCCCCCCGACGCUGCCGGCCAGACCGCUCCCCCCGACGAGCUCCCCCCCAGCACUGGGGCCAGCGACAAGAAGCAACGGCAGCCCUCCUCAGAGGGGGCGCCCCCCAAGAAGAAGCCCCGCACCACCACCAUCGAGCUGCAGGGCGUCCCUAGCGACGAAGUGCACCCCUUGCUGGGCGUGAAGGGGGACGGCAAGUCCAAGAAGAAGCAGGCGGGCCGGCCCAAGGGCUCGAAAGGUAAAGAGAAAGAUUCUCCCUUUAAAGCCAAACUCUACAAGGGGGACAGAGGUUUGCCUUUGGAAGGAGGAGGCGUGAAGGGCAAAGUGCAGGCAGAUAUGGGACAGCCCACGACAGGUGGCAGUGGUGGUAUUUCGGAGCUCUUGUGAAGAAUGCAGUGUUGCUGUUGUUGUGUGUUGCUCUCUCACUCUUAAGUGGCUGUGUUGGUACAAUGUUGCAGGGAGCUUGGCAGUGCCGCCUCUGUACAAACACCACGAGGCGCAGUGCUUGGAAUGACUUCAGCUAAGAGAACCAGCCAGAGUCCUGGAUUGAAGCAUAAAUAAAGGAACACUCCUCGGACUUGGACUGGGAUCGUGGAGCUGGGUUCCUUCAUCUAGGAUUGGCAGACUCUCCUUGACUUGGCUCGUUUUACAUUCCUCAUUGAAGGAUCUGUCGAUGUGACGUCUUCCAAGGAGCAUUGCAAAGACUCGCCAGAGCAUUGUGUUUCAUCGCAGCCUAGCAAUGCCAGCAUAUCCCCUCCCAAUGUCUGGUUUGUUGAAAUAAAGACCUCACACACACAAUCACACACAAUCACACACAAUGUACAAAGAUUGUGCUGUCCAGGUUAACUUCUGCAUCCAGAUCGUCCUCGCUGAUUUACCAAGCUUUCAGAAGCAAAUAUCUUAAAGACUAUAGAGCCAACACCAACCUUUUUUUUUUUUUUUUGUGGGAGGGGGGAGGGGGGAG